CCCUACCUGUUGCCCUGCAUUUAUUUCCUUGGGAAAGAUACCCUGGCAACAGAAGCCUAUUAGAGCCGAUCAAGCAUAUCAAUCCUUUGGUUAUAAGAGACAUGACACAGAUGGCCCAUUUCGUAUACAAGUUUUACCACGAAAUCAAUGCCUCUAAUGCUUCACUUAAAUCUGAUGCCGAGCAAAAUCCUAUCGAAGAAAAACCAGAGAUAGUUGAGCACCCCGAUGUGGCUAACGAUGAUAAGUCGGAUGCCAACUUGCCUAUCGAAUACAUUCUGGAAGAAAAAUUGAUCGAAAAUACUCUGAUACCGUGUCAGGAGAUAGAUAAUCCUUCCGAGACCGAAUUGCUGCAAGAGAGCCUAAAAGAUGGCAAAAUCGAGCAACAUUAUUACAAAUCUACGCUGCAAGCCGAAAUAGGCUUAGAUGAAAGUAGCAGUGAAGAGGAGUAAAAUAUUGAAUGGGGGUGAAUAGAAGAAAAAUAAUCAUUUAUUUCUUAUAUUCGUUAUAAUUGAUAAUAUAUUAUUUAUUGUUUAUGAUUAUUAAUACCUUUCUUGCUCCCCUGAAAUUAUUGUAUAGUUUUAUAUUUUUG